UAAAUAAUGUAAAAUAUUAUGCAAUAUUAUUGUUGUUAACGCUGCCGGGUGGAUAGAAAAAUGCAGCGUACAGUGAUGCAGUUUUCCCACUUGCGAAACGAUAUUAUUGUCAUAGUAUUAUGGGACACGGGUAAUACGCCAUAAUAUUCCGUGUGUUCCUUAACUCAGCCGAUUGGUCAGCAGCUGGAAUCGAGUGUUCCUAAAUUCAGCACUUCUACAAUCCGCUGGAGGGGAGGUAACUCAGCGGAUUGCUCUAUCAGGAAUCAAGUAUUUUACGGAUGAACUGUAAUGAAACCCGAUGGAUUUAAUAACAUUUAUUCGCGCCAAAAUUAGGUUCAUUGAAUUUGUGAUAAACAAAUAACUAAUAAGGUAUUCUUGAAUAAAAUUGUUGCGAUUUCAUUCUCACGUCUCUUUUAGUCGUCAACUGUAAAAAAAAUCAAUACCUUGAAAUCAAGUAAAAUGGAUAACAGUAUUGAAAUGACUUUAACACAUGACGAAAAUAUAUAUUUCAAAUACUUUGAUAUAAACACAAUGUGUUUGUCGUUUGACCAUAAUCUGGACGAAGAUACAUUGGCUAACAAUAUAACUGAUAUAUUAAAAAAGGACUGUGUUCAAUUUCAAAAAAACCAAAAAGUUGGUGUAGAAAUACCUGAAUGGGGUAUGAAAUAUGAUGUCAUUUUGAAAAGUAAUUCAACUGAUAGUACAGAAUCUAAUAAUACGACAAGUAACAUCACAAUAUCCUCAAAACAAGUUCAUGAUGGACAUUUUGAUGUUCAAAAUUGUAUGCCAGAAACAAAAAUUUGGACAGCAAAAGCAAUCAAAUUGCUGAUUGAAAACAGGGGUGAUCUUGAUAAUGAAUUUAAUAGCAAUAAAAAAAACCACAAAAUUUGGGAAAAAAUUUCUAAUAUUUUAAAAGAAAAUGGUAUUGCAGUGUCUGGACCAAACUGUAAUAUUAAAUUCCGAAACUUAAUGGCUACAUUUAGGGACAAUGUACAAAGAGCCAAUAAGUCUGGUGAAGGGGCUAUAAAUUGGGAAUAUUAUGUUAUAAUGAAACAGUAUUUUGGGAAAAAGGAUUCUGUUACUCCUAAUCAGAAUACAUUAUUAGAAAGUAACCUACCGAAUUCCAGUAAAAUGAAUUUGAAAAAAUCAGAUGAACAUACCAAACCACAACGUUCUCAACUAUUAGAUUACAUUGGCGAAGAAAUUAACUCUGAUGAAGAUAAUAUAGUACCAAAAAAAAAAAAAAAAAAUUUCCAAGAGGUUUUAUUAGAGGAAAUGAAGGAGGAUCGGAAGUCAAGAGACAGUUUUCAAAGCAAACUUGAAAAUUUUAUGGACAAGCUUAUUCAAAUUGAAACUGCUAAACUGGAAAAAAAAUAAUUUUAAUCAAUUAAUAAUAUUAUUACUACUACAAUAUUAAUGAUACAUUAGUGAUGUAUUAUUAAGCUAAAAGUUAUUUUGUUUUUUUUUUCAAUCUCAUGUAAAGGUUAAGUUAUAUUGUUUUGUUUUGUUUUUCUAAGUCAUGUAUGAUGACUGUAUUAUUUAUGUAAAGCUAAAAGUUAUUUUGUUUUUUUUUUCAAACUCAUUUAAAGCUAAAGUUAUGUUGUUUUGUUUUUAACAUUUUAAUAAGAUAUAUGGGCAAAGU